AUGUCACAAUCACUACGUCCAUACCUAACAGCCGUUCGUUACUCUCUGGAGGCUGCCUUAACUUUGAGCAAUUUCUCUUCUCAAGAAGUAGAAAGACACAAUAGACCGGAAGUUGAAGUACCCAAUACUAGCGCCGAAUUGUUGCUCCAACCAAUGCAUAUAUCUCGUAAUGAAAACGAACAAGUGUUGAUUGAGCCCAGUGUGAACUCUGUCCGUAUGAGUUUGAUGGUUAAACAAGCAGAUGAGAUCGAACAGAUUUUGGUCCAUAAGUUUACCAGAUUUUUGGAGCAGCGUGCUGAAGCAUUCUAUAUCCUAAGACGUGUCCCAAUACCUGGCUAUAGCAUUUCCUUUCUAAUAACCAACAAGCAUACUGAAUCGAUGAAAACUGGGAAAUUAGUCGACUUUAUCAUUGAAUUCAUGGAGGAAGUAGACAAAGAAAUUAGUGAAAUCAAGUUGUUUUUGAAUGCUAGAGCAAGAUUUGUGGCAGAGGCCUACCUUGAUGAAUUUGUUUACUAA